CGGCGGGAGCAGUGCGCGGGGCCGCGCUUCUUCCGCGCUCCUCCUUCCUUCUUCCCGCGGGGGCGUCCAUCCCACUGCCGGCGCCCACAUGGACGAUGAUGCUGAUAAACAAGAGGUACUUCAGAACAAGAAAAAAGCUGUCCUAGUGGAUGGUGUCGUUCUGAAUGGCCCUACAACAGACUCCAAAGCAGGGGAGAAAUUUGUGGAAGAGGCCUGUAGGCUGAUAAUGGAAGAGGUGAUCCGGAAGGCUACUGAUGUCACGGAGAAGGUUUGUGAGUGGCAGCCUCCUGAGAAACUGAAAGAGCUUCUUGACCUGGAGAUGAGGGACACGGGAGAACCUCAUCAAAGGCUCUUGAAACUUUGCCAGGACGUAAUACGAUACAGCGUCAAGACCAGUCACCCAAGAUUUUUCAAUCAGUUGUAUGCUGGAAUUGACUACUAUUCCUUGGUUGCUCGAUUCAUUACAGAAGCAUUGAACCCGAGUGUGUAUACAUAUGAAGUAUCCCCAGUGUUUCUCCUAGUUGAAGAAGCAGUUCUGAAGAAAAUGAUUGAAUUUAUUGGCUGGAAAGAAGGAGAUGGAAUUUUUAAUCCGGGUGGCUCUGUGUCCAAUAUGUAUGCAGUAAAUUUAGCUAGAUACAAUUAUUGUCCCGAGAUUAAGGAAAAAGGGCUGUCAGGCUUGCCAAGACUCGUCCUUUUUACAUCGGAAGAGUGUCACUACUCCAUGAAGAAGGCUGCUUCUUUCCUGGGCAUUGGUACCGAGAAUGUUUAUUUUGUGGAGACAGAUGGAAGAGGUAAGAUGAUACCUGAGGAACUGGAGAAACAAGUCCAGCGGGCCAGGAAAGAGGGAGCAGCACCUUUUCUUGUCAGCGCUACUUCUGGCACAACCGUCCUGGGAGCAUUUGAUCCUCUGGAUGAAAUAGCAGAUAUCUGUGCAAAAUACGGACUUUGGCUGCAUGUGGAUGCAUCUUGGGGUGGCUCAGCUUUGAUGUCAAGGAAGCAUCGCAAGCUUCUGAAUGGCGUCCAAAGGGCUAACUCUGUAGCCUGGAAUCCUCAUAAAAUGCUCAUGGCUGGAAUCCAGUGUUGUGCAUUUCUGGUGAAAGACAAAUCUGACCUGCUUAAGAGAUGUUAUUCGGCAAAGGCAUCGUACCUUUUCCAACAGGAUAAAUUUUAUGAUGUCAGCUACGAUACAGGAGACAAGUCUAUCCAAUGUAGCAGACGACCCGAUGCAUUCAAAUUCUGGAUGACCUGGAAAGCCCUGGGAACAGAAGGUCUUGAGGAAAGAGUUAACCGGGCUCUUGCUUUAGCUAGAUACCUAGUGGAGGAAAUUAAGAAAAGAGAAGGGUUCAGACUGCUGUUAGAUCCAGAGUACACGAAUGUUUGCUUUUGGUACAUUCCACCAAGCUUGAGAAAUAUGGAGGAAGGUCCCAAGUUCUGGGAGAAACUUAAUCUGGUGGCUCCAGCCAUUAAAGAGAGAAUGAUGAGGAAGGGCAGCAUGAUGCUGAGCUACCAACCCCACCGUGGCAAAGUCAACUUCUUCCGUCAGGUGGUCAUCAGCCCCCAGGUGAGCCGCGAGGAUAUGGACUUCCUCCUGGACGAGAUUGACCUACUCGGCAGGGACAUGUAGCCGUGGCCGCAGAGCCCUCACAGAGGGGGCUCCCGGAAGUAUAAUGUUUACAGAUCAAGAACGUCUGUAGCUGUUGCAUAUUUAAAAUCCUUAGAUGCUGAGUAGAAUACCGCCCCACCAUACCAUCUGACACAGAGAUAAUUAGAAUGAGCCCUGAAGACGUCCCAAGGGGUCUCUGAAGCUGAGGGGAGGGAAGGGAUGGUUUGGCUGGAAUGGAAAUUCUGCCCCCUCUUAGUCCUAGUAGAAGCGACCCCCCCGGGAACCCCAUGUCCUUUCCCAGAAGGCUAAACUUUGGAGGUGGCCCAGUUGGCAGUGUCUCCCUAGGGAUGCAGGCUAGUAGGCGUUGUGUGGCUCUUGCAGAGAAGAAGCCUUUGUCUACAGCAUGCACCUGUCUUAGCGAGGCAGCAGAAUGGCUGGAUACCCAGGGUGAAGUUCUCCCACCCAAAGUCUCCCCCUCCUUCUGAACCCCACAGAUUGGUGUCUGAAAAGGGGAGAUGUAGCGUGAAAGUUUAGAGGCUUUAGGCACUAGUGAAAGAUAUUUUUUAAAAAGCAGUGAUAAAAGAUAUUUAUUUCAAAGAGAUGGUUGUCGAUGAGGCUGAUUGUGAUAAAUGAUUGGAAUUAAAUACUGUGCUGGGCCGUUCUGGCUUUCCCACAGAGGAAUGAAAAGGAAGAGAAGGGAAAAGCAACUCAGGCUAUUUAAUAUUGUGGGUUUUUUCAUUCAUUUCCAAGUAACCGCUACCCCUUCCCCUCUCUGUAUGGCUGCAAUCCUGAUUUUGAACAGCCCAUGUUCCCUCGCAAGCUGUCCCCCCAACCCCUCCACACCUCUCUGCAUGCCUGCAAUCCUGAUUUUGGGUCCUGUUCUAUGUUUUGGGAGAGACUCUUUGGGCUUUGAACUCUCACUGACCUAAAGGGAUAGAGAAACGUGAUUAGUCUGUUCUACCCCUAUGCUGAUCACAGAUUCUCCUUUUAAGGGCUCCAGGUAGAAAGAAGCGAGUGGGCCCCACAUAGGCUUUCCAAAUUAAAAUUCACCUAUAAGACAAGGCAUCCUGUUGGUUGUACAGGAGUUCUAAAAUAAAGUCAGUAAUUGGCUUUCAUCCAGUAAAGAAGGUAUUUGAACAAAUUUUGUCAUCCUUUUAUUUUCUUAAGAGUCUUAGAUUCUCCCUGAGAAUUUUCCCUCCAGUUCUUUUUCCUUUGGCUCUGUUCUCUCCAGUAUCUGUCACACCCUAGUAUUAGUUGGUUGCCUAGGGAGAUGUCUUAACUCUGUUGAUCCAUUAAGGUUCCCUUUAGUGAAAGGAUCCUUGUACCUCCCUAAGCACCUCUUUUAGAGAAAUCAGAUAUUUCAGACCGCCAGACUCUUUGGGUAGUGUUUGUUUGGGGACUGAGUGAGAGAUGAAAAUAUAUGCUAUGUAAUUGAUUGUUUUCCUAAAUAGCUACUAACUGUGAAACUUACUUAGAAGGGUGUUUUUUUGGUUUUUUUUGGUUUGUACAGUCAGUUCUCCUGCAAUGUGAUAGUGGUGUUCCUAAAAAAACCUUGUAUUAAGGAACUCUCACACACCUUCCACAAUAACCCACACAUGCCCACAACCAUUUCUUCUUCCACCGCACCUACCUGGGCCGACUUGUAGGUUGUAUUCCGUCUGAACAGACAUGCAGCAUGGGGCGAACUUAAAGAAAGACAACCUCUGCCCACACUGGGCUUACAGGUUCUUGGUCCUGAGGUCUCAGGCUGGAGGGUCAUUUAUCAUUCCCGAAGGAGGCCCCAUUAUCAUCAUCCAAAUUGUAUAAUGAGCUACUGCAGUAUAGGUGAACUGACUGUACUAGAAUCAAGAUAGCAAUGACCAAUAUGGCAUUUUCCAUUUCAACUCUCUGUAUUACCAACAAUUGUCUUAAAAUGUAAUGCUCUUCUGUCUUCAUUUUGUGUGUGUAGCCACUGUUGUACAACAUUCCCUUUUCCAAGCUUCAGAAUACUAUGUGGAAUGUUGAAUUACUUAUUUUGAUCAGAGGACAAGGGUCGGGGGCACAUCCCAGAAAUGGUAAGGUUUUUACCUUGAUCUUUCCUGGAAGUGGAAGCUAUCUUUGAACCAGGUUUUGUGUUUCUGAGAGAGGAGUUUGUCCAUCUAAGCAGUAGAUGGGAUUUGGCAUUGCGGUUCGUGGUUUUUCAGGUAAGUUCUCGAGAUACAUCGACCACUAUGAGAAAUGCAUUUCUAUUAUCCAUUUGUCGAUUGCUUUCCACCAUUCUGCACUGAAGGGCAAAAGUGCUUAAGGAGUUAAUUUAUCAUUUUCUAUUUCCUCUUCUUAAGUUAGGUACCAUGGAACUCAGCAGUUUCUUUUGGGUUUUGAGAGUCUAGCAAUUUCUGUUUUUUCCAUUUAGGGUGAAUCUGUCAUCAGGCUCUAUGAUAAUUUGAGCAAGCUAUGGCCAUCUUGUAUUUCCACCCUUUCAGGGUGGUGAAAGUUCUUUCACCAAUUCUUUUGUUUUCUAAAACACUACAGCUCUAAUUCAGAACCACUAGCAAUAUGGGAUUUUAUUUUUUUCCCCCACUGAAAGCCAAACCUGUCCUUUUUGAAAUGUUGGCUCAAAAUGCUUCUGAAAUUCAUAUCUGCACUGUGUAAGCUUUCUGUAUGUGAAAAUUAAUGUGACAGCUUAAAUCCUUUAGGUAACUUUAUUAACUCUUGUGUGUACUAUUUAUUGACUGAAACCCCUCCAUCCUGGAAUGAUUCUGCUUUGAAAUUGGACUGACAUUUUAAUAUGAUUGGCAUUAAAGGUAGCUUGCUGUUUUGUGGUGGAUGCUUUGAAUAAAACUGGAAAGUAAGUUAGGAAGCAA